AUGGCAUACCCAGCAGUCCUCGGAGAGUUGGGAGAGUUUGUCGAUACACUGAACUGGUUGCAAAUCACCCACGAAGAACGAUGCCUACUGGAAGAAAUCAUGCACCCUGAGAGGUCCAUGAAUACCUCAUCUCACGCAACCACAAGUACAAUUCAACAAAACCCACGUCUGGAAACAGUCCCAGCCCAUACGAGCCAUUUCAGCUGUGACGAAACUCCCGACAGACGCCGGGGUAACCACACACGGACUAGAGGCAUUGAAGCACAUGGUGGUCAAGGAAGACUUCCCAUUAAACAUCGACGCCGCAACUUGGCAAGCAAGCGAGCGAAGGCCGCCGGCACUAUUGACCCAAAGAACAUCUACGAGUCCGCUGAGGGUGGUCAUGAUGCCUUUGUAGUCCCUUGGCAAAGCUCGGAUCUGCCUCUGACGGGCAGUAAAGGGGGCUUUGAGAAGUCAACACACGAUGAUGCUGGUGAGGGAGACAUGCAAAACGGCUCGUCUUCUGUCUCGGACUAUUCGGUUUCGGGCGAAAGCUGUACUGAACAAGUCGACUGUUCUCACGACUACAUCAAGAUACCGUGGUGCGAAGAUGGUGAUUGA